ACCAAGCUUUCCUGCAGCCCCAUCCCCAUUCACAGCCUUAGGAAAUCUUUUCAUUUGCGCAUGUGCCGUAGCCUCUCGUCAACGUACCCCCAUUGAAUUUAAUAACUAUGAGAGUAGACGUGUGCUAGUCUUCUGCAGGUGAGAAGCGGACAGGAGAUGCUCUAUUGGUCAGCCUGCAUCUACAAACACUUAGAGAUUUAAAACACAUCUGCAAGCCGGGAGGGGACGGACACUAGACCACCGUCCUGCAGGAUAAGGGCGCGCCUAAACUACCAGACUCAUGUGUUGUGAUUGAUUACCCCCGUGCUUACGAAAAUCUUGAUUAGAGUUAGGAGAUAUGUUGCGGCGAGUUGUGCGACAGAGCAAGUUCCGGCAUGUCUUCGGUCAGGCUGUGAGGAACGACCAGUGCUAUGAUGACAUCCGCGUGUCCCGGGUCACAUGGGACAGCUCCUUCUGUGCCGUCAACCCCAAAUUUGUCGCCAUCAUCAUAGACGCCAGUGGGGGAGGAGCCUUUCUCGUACUUCCUCUACAAAAGUCUGGCCGUAUAGACAAGGUUUACCCUACAGUAUGUGGUCACACGGGCCCAGUGUUGGACAUCGACUGGUGUCCUCAUAAUGACCUUGUCAUUGCUAGCGGCUCAGAGGACUGCACGAUCAUGGUUUGGCAGAUCCCUGAGAACGGGCUGGUGACUCCUCUCUCAGAGCCCGUGGUCGUGUUAGAGGGCCACUCCAAGAGGGUCGGCAUCGUGUCUUGGCAUCCCACCGCUCGCAACGUUCUCCUCAGCGCAGGGUGUGACAACCAGAUCAUCAUUUGGAAUGUGGGCACGGGAGAGGCCAUGAUCAACCUGGAGGACAUGCACCCCGAUGUUAUCUUUAGUGUCAGCUGGAACCGCAACGGCAGCCUGCUGUGCACCGCCUGCAAGGACAAGAAGGUCCGUGUCAUCGACCCCCGUAAAAGAAAGAUUGUUGCGGAGAAGGACAAAGCUCACGAGGGAGCUCGACCAAUGAGAGCCAUCUUUUUAGCGAAUGGAAACAUCUUCACCACUGGAUUCAGCCGCAUGAGCGAACGCCAGCUGGCUCUGUGGAAAGCUGACAACAUGGACGAGCCAAUAUGUGUUCAAGAGAUGGACUCUAGUAAUGGAGUUCUGCUGCCCUUCUAUGACCCCGACACCAACGUAGUCUACCUGUGUGGAAAGGGUGACAGCAGCAUUCGGUACUUUGAGAUCACUGAUGAGGCUCCGUUCGUUCACUACCUCAGCACCUUUACCACCAAGGAGCCCCAGAGAGGCAUGGGAUACAUGCCCAAAAGAGGCCUGGAUGUCAACAAAUGUGAAAUUGCAAGGUUUUACAAAUUGCACGAGAGAAAAUGUGAACCAAUCAUCAUGACAGUACCGCGUAAGUCGGAUCUGUUCCAGGACGACCUGUAUCCCGACACAGCCGGCCCUGAUCCCGCCCUGGAGGCGGAGGAGUGGUUCGCUGGGAAGAACGGAGGCCCCAUCCUGAUCUCACUCAAAGAUGGCUACGUCUCAACGAAGACCCGCGAUCUGAAAGUGGUCAAGACGAACGUCCUGGAAACCAAGGCCGCAAUAAAAGCAGAAAACAUCCCGACUGUCAAGAAGCACGCUUCUCCACAGCCUCCAAGAAAAACGGACCAGAAAAUGGAAGAUAAACUGGAAGAGGUACUCCGAGAGUUCAAGUCACUCAGGGACCGUGUCAUCCUCCAAGACCGUCGAAUCGCCAGACUGGAAGAGCAAGUAUCCAAGGUUACCAUGUAAGUUGCGGCCCCGCUUCCCGGGACGGUUGGUUGUUUUGGUAAAAUCGAACGGACGGGGUCAGCCACAGCCAAAUUCUCAAGAUUCGGCUUCAUUGAGCUUGGCGUCGUCCUGCGAUGAGACCAAGCCCUACAUUCCAAGAUGAACUUAUUUUUUCCUCAUCAAGUCUCCCGUUUCACACUUUGCCCCGAACCACAGAGAAAAGGAAAAACUCUCGCAGCUCAUGUUCACAUUUGAAGAAAAGACAUUUUUGUUGAAGGAAAAAGUCUUAACCUUUUUUUUUUUCUUUUUUUAAUUGUGGUAAAACAUUCUUAUGUGAAGUUUGUACUUACUACUCAAAAACUGUAUGUAGCAUCAGUAUUUCCAUUGUUAUUUUAUGUGUUGCCAAAUAUGAAUUGUGUGCCGUUUCAUGCACUGCUUUUACAUUUAUUUUCUCUCCUGUUGUACAUUCCAGUCACAACCUGGUAGAUUGUUUUAGUCAAGCUGGAAUUAUUAUUUUUUUUAAACAAUAGCUGUUGAACUGUUUUUUUUCCUACCACCAGUUUGCUUUUUGAUAACCAUCAGAUUUAUGAAUGUGGAAAAAUUCCUUUUUAAGCGUUUUGUUCCUGGUCUUCUGGGCUUGAAAUUUAACAUUGGGUUUUAUUGGGGAGGGUGGGGUGGGGGGGUGCAUCUCUCUGGUGUAAAUGUUGUGCAAAUGUAGUGGUGCCUCUUGUCACUGUUAAGGGUCAACCUGAAGUCGCCCUCUCCAGUGCAUAUUUGGUGUUGGGAAGGGACCACUCACCCAGCUUGUGUCUCACUGAACCCCUGACAAACAGUUCUGUGCACAUAAUAAAGACUUUACA